AUGGUCCUGCAGCGGGGUCCCCAGCGAGCUGUCCUCACUGGAACAGCGACUAGAGAGGGAGACACCGUCACUGCCCAGAUCGUGGGUCAUGGGUCACCGGUCACAGGUCAGGUUCACGGCGGCAAGUGGAAGGUGAAGCUGCCCGCUGUGACAGAAGCCGGACCUUUCGUCAUCAGGGUCAGCUCCAGCGAGGGACAGGUCACUCUCAACGACGUGCUCUUCGGGGACGUGUGGCUGUGCUCUGGGCAGAGCAACAUGGAGUUUCAAAUGAAGCAGGUGAUGAACUCCAACGCAGAAAUUCAGAAAGCCACUCAGUUCACGUCGAUUCGCUUCUUCAAAGCUCAGUACCAGAAAUCAAACACACCUCUGGACACUCUGCUGGUCGCCCUGCCAUGGAGUCUCCCGAACCCCCAGUCUCUACAGUCGUUCUCCGCCGUGUGCUGGCUGUUCGCGGAGUACUUGCAGCCUCACCUGAAGUAUCCCAUCGGCCUCGUUGAAGCAACUUGGGGAGGCACCACCAUCGAGGCCUGGUCUCCCCCAGAAGCUGUUCACGCCUGUCCCGCUGUACACCAUUCACAACCGGAACAGUAA